GCUGCUUGCUCGGCCGCCUCCUGAGGUCAGAAGGUGUUGCGCCCACUCUUCCUUUCAACGCUCACCUGCAGGAGGUGGGGAGCGCGCGGGCAAAUGACAGGUGUUCAGGGGAGAGCGCGCGCUCAGGUGACCGUUGUCCGGGGCAGAGCGUCCAUCUGAAGCCAGCGCGAGAGACAGGGUGCAGGUGUUCGCCUCUCCUAAUGUGGGCCGAGCUACGCAACUGAGGCUGAUCUCGAUGUGUUGAUGCUACGUUACGUCUUCACCUUUCACUUCUUCAUUGCUGUAAUGAAAUGAAAUUCAACUGUGCUGAACUGUCCUCCUUCGCCCAGAAGCCUUCAGUCUAUUUUGAAAAGGAAGGCCUAUUGAAAAUACAUAGGAAAUCCAGAACUCGGCAGAGAAAACAUCAAGAACUAACAGAAAGAUGGUGCCGCUUGAAAGGAAACCUGCUCUUCUUAAUGAAAAAUAGAAGCAGUACAUCAGACCUUGCUGAGGUAAUAGUCCUGGAGCGAUGUGACAUUGUGGAGUGCAGCGAUAACAGGAGUGCAGCAUUCACUGUCAAAUUUCAGAGUGGCGAGCCAGAGAUUUAUCUUGAGGCUGUCUCAAAGUCAGACUGUGAAGACUGGAUUGCAGCACUCCGAGAGGCAAACUCUGAAGGUUUGCAAAGGAGAAUUGUACAGCUCCAGCAAUUCAUCAUGGAGAUCAAAGCAAAUACAAGCCCAGAUGGAAUCCACCAGAUUCUUCCUCUACCAGAGAUACAAUCUCCACUGAUAAGUAUUGGGAAAACUCCUUUUGAACCAAAGCUGGAAUUCAGUCUUGCAUGCAAGGAACUGGUGGCAACAACUCGUGAACGGAAACCAAAUUCUUUUGUGCAGAUCACUAUCAUAAAUCCUACACAACAGAGUCUGAUCAGAUACUCUAAUACUGAAACAGUGGAGGGAACAAGAGAUCCAGUGUUUUUGACUGGUGCUACUUUCCCACCGGGCUAUCCCAUUUAUGAGGAAACACGGGUGAAGUUAACAGUCUACGAUGUCAAGGAGAAAUCCCAAGAAACCCGAAGCUUCCUGGGCUCUGCUACAUUUGCUGUAGGUGAUCUGCUGAAAUCAGACGAGCAAACGUUAACCAUUAAUCUGAGCCCUUUAGAUGGUUCAAGCAAAGUGGGGACCAUAGUGGUCAGCAACCUUAAAAUGGGAGAGAAUGAAAAUGAAGAAACAGACCAAAGCCCUGGUGAAGUUUCGAGGCCAAAGGCAACUUCUUUUUGUGGAAAUCUGUUGCACAGAAGUAUUAAAGAUCCUGAAAAUUCCUCACUUCUUGAUUCAGUCUUUAAAAAUAUCAUAUGGAAAGUCUACAGAUUGCCCACAGCUAAUGGAAGGUGGCUGUGUGUAAGGGAACAGAUGGCUGAAACUACACUGUCUUUCCUCAUCCCUAAGCAGAUAAUUGCACUUUUCAUCCAGGAAGAUAUGAGAAGGUUGCAAGAUCUGGAGGAGCUGGGGGAGCUUUCCGCUCACUGGGACACACUGCGACAAAACGUAACCAUCCAUUACCAGCAUAUGAUUAGCAGCUACAAAGAAAUGCUAACCGAACUCAAUAAAUUCUCAGGGUCAUCAUUUAAACCGAGCUGCAGCAGAGGAGAAAAGAAGCUUGAAUUUAUUCCAGUUAAUUUGCAUUUACAAAGAAUGCAUGUACAGAGUAGUUCUACCAAAACUGAUGGCAUCUAUGAUGUUGUUACCAUUGGAGCUCCUGCAGCACACAUUCGGGGGUUUCGAAAUGGAGGUCUUCGCAGGCAAUUGUACAGAUUUGAAGGAGAAAAAAGGAAUUCAUCAUACCAGUAUAUCUAUUACUCGCCUGAAGACACGACCAAAGCAAAAGAAGUAAUAACCAACAUUUAUAAGCUUCAACCGCUCAUAUUGAGCAACACAGAGCUUCUACUUACUGCAGCAAGACAACACUCUACUGACAGUCUCAAGGAUUCAUUGAAAACACUCAGUGAAAUUACUGAACAGUUUGUACAUGCUUUCGAAGACCAGUUGCUGAGAAGUGCCCUGUUAGCUUUACAUAAGGCUCGUCCAAGCUACAUCAACAAAAGACAACCCAAUCCCACCCAUGAUCCAGACGGCAGUGAACAACAGUGUGAAAACAGUGAACGCAGGUCCAGCAAAGAUUCAAUUCCUCACCAUGCUGAAUAUGACGAGGAAGAUUGGGAUAGAGUGUGGGUGAAUGUGGGGAAAAGCUUGAACUGUAUUAUUGCAAUGGUGGACCGACUGCUUGAACAAGUUGACAUAGAACAACAAUGUAAGGUUGAGCCUUCAGCAGUUAAUCAAAUCACCUCUUCAGCUUCUGAUGACUGGUAUGAAGGGCUGUACCCUCUGGUAGUUACUUUAAAGGACUGUGUCAAGGAAGUGAUUGACAGAGCAAAGAAGGCCAUGGUAUUUGUUCUUCUUCAAGAUUGUGGUUCCAAUAUAUCUCAGGCCCUGGCAUUGCAUCAGAGGAGAGAUGUUGUCUUCAGCCAAGCACUUGCAGGUCUCGUCUGUGGUUUUGUGAUCAAACUGCACACAUGUUUACAUGAUCAGGACUUCCUAUUGCAGCUUCACACUGUGGGUUUGCUUGUACAGUUUGAAGGACUUCUCAGCACUUACAGCGAGGAGAUUGGAAUGCUAGAGGACAUGUCAGUUGCAAUCAUAGAUUUACAGAAAGUGACAUUCAAAGUUGGUGAAGCACAUUUGGAGGAGAGUGCCAGUACCAAUCUUUGUCCUGUUGUGACUGGAAUCAGAGAUUUUUACACAGUGGAGGUUCAGCUUCCCAGUAGAUUGUUUGAAGUUUUGCCGCAAGAGAUUAAAGAUGGAAAGCUGCUGCGUGUGCACCCAGUAUUUUUUAACAUUGGAAUAAAUGAACAACAAACUCUGGCAGAGAGGUUUGGAGAUAUUUCUCUACAGGAAAUUAUCAAUCAAGAGAAUUUUAAAUUACUCAGUAAAUAUUAUAAAACAUUUCAAGAGAAUCUAACAUCAAAUUGUCUGCCUCAAUUUCAAACUCAGAUUGAUAUAAAAGAAUUAUUUCAAAGCCUUAGCCAAAACAUCCAAGUUCGGAAAAGAAAAAAUGUAGAAGUCCUAAAACUUGCUGCUUCGAUUUGCCGAAGGUUAAACGGAAUACGCGUCACAAGCUGUAAAAGUGCCAAAGACAGGACAUCCAUGUCAGUCACAUUGGAACAAUGUGUGAUUCUUCAAGAAGAGCAUAGUCUACACCCAGACUAUUUUGCCAGAGCAUUGGACUGCAUGAGGAGAGAAGGAUGUCGAAUAGAAAAUGCACAGAAGAAUAUAAAUUGCAGGAAAUAUGCAUUCAACACGAUUCAGCUGAUGGCAUUCCCAAAAUACUACAGGCCACCCGAUGGAACAUAUGGAAAAGCAGACACUUAAACUUAAUUACAUUUGUAAGCUGACAAUUUGCAAAAUUAUUCAGGUUUUAAUUAGCUCCACAUAGAAAGAAUAAUCACCUACUUUUUGUGACUAAGUGAUCUCGGCUAAAAACAUCCACCCAGAUUGAAUUUCUUUGGAAACCUUCUUCAUGUAACAGGAUAUUUUAGAAAUUGUGUAUAGCCCUUUUCAUUUAUUUUUACUUUUGAGGACUAGAACAGUCAUUAUUCCUUGCUAAUGUUGCAUGAAGAACACGAAUGAUAAAAUGGGCCAAUGCAAUUCUAUCCAAACAAAAACUGUACAUUAAAUGGAGUUUCUUUUGUAUAAAUUAUGUUGACAAUUCUUGUUGCAGCACAUUUUUGUCUACAAUUGCAUCUUCAUAUUUUAUGAUUACUGUUUAAAAUUGACAAGUGAUAUUUAAAAUAACUGUUUGUUACUUCAAGGAAAUAUGCAUUACCAGAUGUGCCAAGGUAAACCAUAUACCCAGCUCAUGUGCAAUACAGGUAAUCUGUGACUUGAAGAAAUUACCAUGUUUUCUGGUGAUAUUUAUGUCCAAACAUCUUAUUCUCAGUAAUCAACAUGAUAUACUCUCAUAAAAGAUUGAGUAUAAUGUGUUCCUGUCUCUGAUCAUAGAGUGUGUUGCUUUAAUUGACAGCAGAACAUUGAUGCUUCAACAUUGAUGUUAGAAAUUCAACGUUUCUACAACUCUUUCACCCAAACAAAAUGUCGGGGCAAGAGCCAUAGGAUUUCAAUAUGCAUUAUUUUUCUGAAAAUGCAGUAAUAGCUAUUUUAAUUCAAUAAAUCCCAUGUCAAUUUUCAAAACCUAAUCAUUAGUUAUUUUACAGGUGCAUUAAGGAUAAAAGGAUAACAUGGGAAAGUGUAGGCCUAUUAAGGACUACAGUUGGAGGAUAUAGGUUGAGUUCUAAAUUAAUACUUUGUGUCGGUGUCACUAGUGAGAGGGAUGAUAUGGGAAUAAAAAUUCCCAUUGGGAGAAAGACUCUGAUACAACUGAAGUGUUAGCAUUGAUAGGGAGGAAGCUCUGAGUGGUCAGAUAGGCUUAAAAGUAGAUUACUCUCCAGAUCCAGAUGAAAUGUAUCCCAGUUGUUGAGUGAGGCAAGGGCGGAAAUAGCAGGGGCACUUGCAACAAUUUUUUAUUUCCUCUUUGGCAACAGGAGAUUUGAUUUAAUUUGAUUUAUUAUUGUCACAUCUACUGAGAUACAGUGACAAGUAUUGUUUUGCGUGCUAACUAGACAAAUCAUACCUUUCAUAAGUACAUCAGGGUAAUAGAACAGAAUUUGGAUAUAGUGUCACAGUUACAGAGAAGGUGCAGAGAAAGCUCAGCUUUAAUAUAUGGGAGGUUUGUUCAUAAGUCUGAUAACAGCAGAGACGAAGCUGUUCUUAAAUAUGUUGGUACAUGUUUUCUGUUUCUUCUGGUUGAUGGAAGAGAGUCAAAGAGGGUAUAACCAGGGUGGAAGGGGUCUUUGAUUAUGCUGGCUGCUUUCUCAAGGCAACGGGAAGUAAAGACGAACACAAUGGAAGGAAAGCUGAUUUUCAUGAUGGACUGGGCUGCAUUCACAGCUCUCUAUGUUUUUGCAGUCCUGGGCAAAACAGUUGUCAAACCAAGCUUUUAUGCAUCCAGAAAGGAUGCUUUCUGUGGUGCAUUUAUAAAAAUUGGUAGGAGUCAUCGUGGCCAUCCCGAGUUUUCUUAAUCUCCUGCAGAAGUAGAGGUAUCGGUGUGUUUUCUUAACUGUAGCAUUGACGUGGCUGGACUAGGAUAGAUUGAUGGUGAUAUUUGCUCCUAGGAAUUUAAAACUCUCCACCGCUUCCACCUCAGCACCAUUGAUACAGCUAGGGGAUUGUCCUCCACUCUGCUUCCUGAAGUUGAUGACUAGCUCCUUCAAUAAAUAGGAGUCUGACAUAUCCAGAUGUUACAGGGAUGAGUGUAGAGCCAUGGUGAUGGCAUUUGCCUUGGACCUAUUGUGACGAUAGAUGAAUUGUUGUGGAUCAAGGCAAUCUAGGAGACUGGAGUUGAUGUGCACCAUUACUAACCUGUUGAAGCACUUCAUAAUGAUAGAUGUCAGAGUCUGGAUGUUCGUCAUUAAGGCAUGCUGCCUGAUUUUUCUUUGGCACUAGGAUGGUAAUGGUUUUCUUAAAGCAGGAGAGGUUAGAAAUGCCUGCAAAUACUCGCAAUAGCUGGUCCUUGCAGGAUCUGAGUGCAAUAUUGGGUAGUCCAUCCAGGCCAGUCACUUUCCUAGGAUUCACACUCAAGAAGUAGGACCCUGGGUAGUACCAAGCAUCAGAGGGAUUUUGGUAUGCACAUACACUGAUCUCUCAAAGUAUCAGAACAGGUGGAUACAAAGGUUAAGAACACAUAUGGGAUUCCUGCCUUUCUGAGCCAAGGCAUAGAACUUAAAAGCAGGGAGGUUAUGCUGGAACUGUAGAAAACAAUGAUUAGGCCACUGCUACAGUAUUGUCCUGAGUUCUGAUCUAGAGUUCUGGAAUCAACGUCACAGGAAGAAUGUGAUAACACUGGAGAGGGUGCGGAGGAGGUUCACCAGCAUGUGACCUGGGCUGAAGAUCUUCAGUUGUGGAGAGGGCUUGGACAGACUGGGGUUGGUCUCCUUAGGGCAGAGGUGGUUGAGAGAGCAUAUGAUUGAGAUAUAUAAAAUAAUAAUGGGCAUAGAUAGGGUUGACAGGAAAAAACUUUUUGCCCUGAUGAAGUGAUUAAUGACCAGGGGGCAUAGAUUUAAGGUAAGGGGCAGAAGGUUUAGAGGGGAUGGAAAGAUAAACAUUUUCACCCAGCGGUGGUGGGAAUCUGGAAUUCGUUACCUAUAAGGGCAAUGGAGGCAAAAAUUCUCUUAACAUUUGAGAAAUACUUAGCUGUGCACUUCAUAUGCCAAGGUAUACAAGGCUAUGGACCAAGUGCUGAAAGAUGGUUUGGAAUAAUUAGGUGUUUGUUUUUGACUGGCAUGCAUGUGUUGGGCUGAAGGGCCUUUUUCUGUGCUGGAGAUGUCUGUGACUCCAUGAUUCUAACAUAUGUAGGUCUCUGUUAAAUAAUAUGAAUGAAAGAAAAGCAGAAAACUGUUAUUGCAAUACUGAAUUUUAGAAAUUAGACUUAGACAUAGAUUCAUAAUAAAAGGCAUUCAAUACAGAAUUCAUAAUUUUCAUAGAAUAAACUAUACUUUUUUUGUUCAAGUGCCUUACAUAGAUUAGAUUUCUUCAGGUCCUCAAGUCAAAGUGACUGAUAAUUAUAACAACUGCAUUCACAGCAAGUAAAGCAUCAAGCUGAAACGAAUAAUGGCAUUUCAGAAAGACUCUUGCAAAGAUAUCCAUGGAAUCCGAUUCCAUCAAGGAUUUCAACAUCUUCAGGACAGGGAGAAACGGUGGUCAAAAUUCUGGGGCAAUGAAGCAUAACUUAGUACAGUAUUGAAGCUGGUAAGAGGCUAUCAUCUGUAUCCAAUCUUCAAUAUGAUCUAUUUAUCACAAUGAUAUAAAGAGAAAAAGUUAUUUUUUUGUGAAUGUGUGUAAAGAUUAAAUGUUUGAAUUAAGGUGUUCUUGUAAAAUUUGUGCAUCACUCUUUGUUCACAUGAUCACUGGAACAAUAACAA